GAUAUGCUUUUAUCAAAUUAAUUCGGUGACAGUGACAGUGACAGUAAUACUUUUGCGCGAAGGACACGCCCCCACAUCGCUCCCCAGGUCGCGUCGUGCAACACGUACCCCGCUGUCUUCACCCAUCCAUCACAAUUUAUUUACCUUCUAAGCCUGCAUCCUCUUUCUCUGGCAAAUAUCUUGCAAUAUGGCAGUUGCCAACAUAGACCCCUAUCCUUACCGUGUGUCUGCAGACCCAAUCUCCCGUGGCUCGUUCAUAUUGAUUGAAGGACUCGACCGAGCUGGAAAAACAACCCAAGUAAAGAAGCUAUGUGAUAAGUUAUAUGCUUCUGGGCGAAAUGUCAAGCUCAUGCGAUUUCCUGACAGAACAACCGCAAUUGGGCAACAGAUAAAUUCCUACCUACAAUCCUCUACUGCUCUCCCAGAUCAGUCAAUACACCUUCUUUUCUCGGCAAACCGAUGGGAGAAAGCCCAAGAAAUUCGAGAUUUGAUUGCCCAAGGGUACACAAUCGUUUGUGAUCGUUAUUACUAUUCCGGAAUGAUUUACACCUCCUCCAAAUAUUCAAUUGAUUCCCCAAAUCAUCUUUCCCUCGAAUGGUGCAAAAAUCCCGAAAUAGGACUGCCGAUGCCAGAUAGGGUGAUAUUUUUGGACUUAGAGCCCGAGGAAGCGGAAAAGCGAGGCGGGUACGGGGACGAGAAAUACGAAACAAGGGAAAUGCAGAGAAGAGUCAGGAAUGGAUUCCUAUCAUUGCAAAAUUCAGCCGUCCCAGGGUUCGAGCAGGAGCAACGUAUAAUGAAGGCCAUCGAUGCAGGCGAUGGUCUAGACGAGGUUGCAGAGAAGAUAUGGCAUGCCGUGAAGGAUAUAGUAGAGCAGAUAGAGAAAGGAGAGCAUGGAGAGUUGGGUGUUGUUCGAUGAUAAGGAUAAAAGAAUGGGGAGAAAUUAACAAAUUAUUGAACGAACGAAUUCGCAUUAAAAACA